AUGCCAUCUGCAAUGACGACCUAUGGCUUCAUCGGCCUUGGCCAGAUGGGCCAUGGGAUGGCAAAGAAUAUUCGUUCACGUGUCCCACCAUCUUGUGUUUUGCUCAUCUACGACAUCAACCAGAAUAUUGUCCAAGAAUUUGUUAAGGACUUUGGAGAAAAGGGAAACAUCGUCGCCACUACCUCCCCAAAGGACGUUGCAAGUCGAGCAGACAUCAUCCUGACUUCAUUGCCUCAGGCGCCUCAUGUCCAAAAAGUGUUCCUGGAUCCAGAUACUGGACUCCUUGCUGAACCCCCCAGACCUGGACGAAGAAUUCUGUUCCUGGAGCUCAGUACCAUCGAUGCCGCAGUUUCAAGCAACAUCGCAGGAAACGUUGAAACCGGGGGAUAUGGUACUUUUGUCGAUGCCCCUUGCUCGGGUGGUGCCAUGGGCGCCGAAGCUGCCACAUUGUCGUUUAUGGUUGGCUGCGAUGACUCUCUGUAUCCAGAAGUCUUUUCCACCUGCAGCCUCAUGGGGGGAGCGGCAUCCAUUUUCCAUUGCGGUGGUCGAGGAUCCGGUUUGAAGAUCAAACUAUUGAAUAACUAUCUCUCCUCGCUCACAGCUCUCGCGACGGCGGAGACUAUGAACAUUGGGCUCCGAGCAGGAGUCGACGCUCGCCGUCUUAAUGACGUGCUGAACGCGAGUUCCGGCAUGAGUUUCAACAGCAAGGUGAACAAUCCGGUACCGGGUCUGACACCAGGGAAUGCAGCAAGUAAGGGCUAUGCUGGGGGUUUCUCCUUAGAGCUGUGUCUGGGAGUGCUGGAGUUGGGCUAUAAGACGGCGCAAGAUGUUGGCGCGAAGACUGUGCUGGGAGGACCGAUGCUGCAUGCCUUCAGGGACGCCAGCAAAGACGAGCAGUACUUGGUUGGUGAAAUGAUGGCAGCCCUGAAACUCAGAGAUCAAAAACUGUUGCGCACAGAAGCUUUCAUUGACGGCGAAUGGAGGCCGGCGCGGAGUGGCGAAGGAGUAUUUGAAGUGACUAAUCCAGCAACAUCUGAGACCAUAUCAAUCUUGCCCGACCUUGGCCAGGACGCCUGUAACGACGCCAUCAAUGGAGCCGUACGUGCCGGAAGUGAGUUGAAAAGAAUGACUGGCAAGGCUAAGAGUGAAUUGCUCCUCAAGUGGCAUGCUCUUGUGAUAAACGCGGUGGAAGAUCUGGCAGCAAUUAUUACAGCCGAGAAUGGCAAAACUCGAGCGGAAGCCCAUGGGGAAGUAGUUUACGCUGCAGACUUCCUGUAUUGGUUUGCAGGAACUGCACCUCGCAUGGAUGGUUCGACAUACCAAGCAUCGAACUCUGCUAACCGAAUCGUUACUAUCAAGCAACCUGUAGGGCCUGUAGGCAUCAUCACACCGUGGAACUUCCCAGCAGCUAUGAUCACAAGGAAAGUUGGGGCAGCCAUCGCCGCUGGAUGUCCUUGUAUAGUCAAGCCAGCAGCUGAAACGCCACUGACGGCACUGGCACUUGCAGAGCUUGCGCGUCGCGCUGGUUUCACUGCUGGUUAUCUGAAUAUUGUGACGACUCUCAAGAACACAGUCGAUGUUGGAAGAUCAUUGACCCAGCACGCAGCCAUCCGCAAGUUUUCUUUCACUGGAUCAACUGCUAUUGGAAAACUGCUGGCUGCCCAGUGUACGUCAACGGUGAAAAGAGUUAGCCUCGAAUUGGGCGGCAAUGCACCGUUCAUCGUUUUCGACGACGCAGAUCUAGAGAGUGCUGUCGACGCUAUUCUCGCGAGCAAGUUUCGUCUGUCAGGCCAGACUUGCGUUUGUGCGAAUCGGGUAUACGUCCAGUCAGGCAUCUAUGACGCUUUAUCUGCGGCUGUCGCAAAAAAAGUUUCGUCUUUCUGCCUAGGUCCAGGCACAGACCCAAAUUCUACCCACGGUCCGCUCAUCAACAAAACUGCGGCCGUGAAAGUUGCAAGGCAUGUGGAAGACGCAGUCAAUCUUGGUGCAAGAAUCAUAGUUGGUGGAGAAACAGCCCUCCAUUUGGGUGAAGCAUUUUUUCAACCUACUGUCCUUGUGGACGUUAACCCAAGAGCAUUAUGCACAAGAGAAGAAACCUUCGGGCCUCUUCUUCCCUUGAUCAAGUUUAAAGACGAACAGGAUGUUCUUGAAAUGGCAAAUGAUUCGCCUUUUGGCUUGGCGGGCUACUUCUUCACUGAGAAUGUAACAAGAGCGUGGCGUGUAGCGGAGGCUAUGGAAGUGGGUAUGGUACGUAUCGCAAAGCUGUACGCGCCAUUCAGGGCUAAUAUAACACAGGUUGGAGUCAACACUGGUGCCGUUAGUGAUGUUGCUUCGCCUUUCGGAGGCAUCAAAGAGAGCGGGCAAGGACGAGAGGUAUGUCAACUAAGUCAUCUCAAGAAUUUACACGUUAGCUGA